AUGGCUGGACCUCCGCCACCACCCCCACCCCCAAUGGGUGUACCCAACCUCUCCUCUCCUCCACCAAUGGCCGGUGGCAGAGAUGCCCUCUUUGGAGAUAUCCACAAGGGAAUCAAGCUUAAGAAGGCUGUCACUGUAGACAAAUCGAAGCCCCUUCUUGAUCUGAAGGUCUCUGCCUCUAUAUCUUCCAGUAGUCCUGCUGCCUCUGCGCCUACAAGUUCAAGCGCCGGUCCAGGAGCUCCACGUGCUGUUCCACAAUUGGGAGACUUGUUUGCUGGAGGAAUGCCUAAGCUCAAAUCGGUUAAGGAUAAUCGGACCGAGAGAGUGCCCAUGUCAGCUCCAAAAGUACCGCCUAUUCCGGGCAUGGGCGUUCCUGCCCAGGCGCCUGCUAAAGCGCAAGUUCCAAUGCUAUCUGUGCCUGAUCGUCCGCCUAAGAAGCUGACUCAAUCUCCAUCGGUGGCUCCUCCAUCAGUGGCUCCUCCAUCAGUGGCUCCUCCGCUGGUAAGCACGCCUCCACCUCCUCCUCCACCCUCAAUGGCAGUGCCUCCGCGUCCACCAACUACUUCUGUUCCACCAGUUCCAUCGGGAGCUCCGCCCCCGUUGCCUAGUGGGGUGCCACCCCCUGUUCCUGGCCAGUCAUCUCAGGCUACAAACACAUUGAAGGUGCCGAGGAUACCUCCCAACCGUCCGCGCAAACUGAACCACCUACGCUCAUCAUCUACAGCCUCAAUGGCGUCUAAUGCAUCGGACAAUACUGAUAGCAUGCCACCAUCUUCUACGCCGCUGGUACCCUCUGCUCCACCCCCUCCUCCGUCAGUCCCAACUCCUACACCGCCGCCUCCCCCGCCCUCAUUCUCAACACCGCCGCCUCCUGCUCCUCCAAUGCCUUCAUUGGUUUCAAAGGUUGACUCUCCAGCCAAGGGCCCAGUGAUCCCUCCCGCACCAACAGUAAAGGCGCCUUCAAACCCACCUAGAAAUUUACCUCCACCACCAAGCCUUGCGCCUUCUAUGCCAAAUUCCAGUGCACCAAAGAGUCUGCCCAGUCCAGGCGGUUUACCAUUCUUGGCCCAAAUCAAUGCCAGAAGGGAUGAGAAUUUCGUGGUCGAUGGAACAGACUCAGGGCAGGCUGCAACAACAGGAAAUAGCAACCAGCCCGAACAGAAACCUCGGAUAUCGCUGAUGGCCCCACCAGCGCCACCCUCUCUUCCUCCAGCUCCUCCUCCAAUCCCACUGGCAGUGCCGCAACCUCCUGGUUCUGGAAAGGCCUCAAGUAACUCAACAGCUGAAGCAGCACCCCUGGGCCCGCCCCCGGCUCCAUUUUUGGAUCAAAUCAAUGCGAGACGAACAGACAGUGCUUCGUCAACAAAAGCGCCGGUGGAAGUUCCAAAAACACCUCUGGUAUCUGCUCCGCCGCCACCUAUGUUCAACCAAGCACCUCCACGUCGAAACGUUGAUUUACCUUCUUCAAAGCCAUCUGUGCCACAGCCUCCCCAAAUACCACCGCCUCUGCAAGUACCACAGGCUCCGCAAGUACCACCGCCUGUGUCCCAAAAACCGUCUCAUUCGGCACCACAAACCGCUCCACCACCUCUGUUGCCGCCAUCAUCUCCACCGCCAUCAGCUCCUGCUGGUCCUCCGCCAGCUCCUCCGUCCAAUGGAAGCUCAUUUGCCAACGUAGCUCCAAGGCCGUCUCAACGAUCACAUAAAGCGGCACCCCCACCUCCUCCAAGUUCGCUUGAUAAACAACAACUUGCCGGAUCCUCGCUCAGAAAUAUUUCUGCCCUGGAGUACACAUUAACAGGUCUGGGUAAACCAGAGAAGCUAAAAAUUGAAGAUAACAGGUUUAAAUUCACCAACAGCAACUCGAUUCCUCAGCCAAGACGUUUUGAAAACGUUGAAAAGUUAUAUCCUAGUGGAAGAGGCUCAUCUGUACCUUUGAACCUCAGUUUGUUUACUUAA